AUGACUUCUUAAUAUAUAAUAGUUAUUUUUCUAUAGUUGCAAUUCAAUAAUUACUAAGCAAACACGACUUAAUUGUCUUAUAUAUAUACAUCUUUAUUGAUUUAUUCAUAUUUUUAUAGCCAAAUUUAAUAGGAGGAAAAAUUUCACUAUUAUCUUAUAGAAAGAUUUCAGUUGAAUAUUGGAUUUAAGGGAAUGUGGUCUAUAAGUAUGAUACAAUUAAACAUGUUAAAUGUGUUAUCACAUUUUUCUUAUCAUUAUUAAUUAAAUUUGGUUAUAUACUUCCUUGCUUUUUGUGGUAUGGAGUCUUUAAAAAUAAAGAUCGUCUAGAUUUUUCUAAAGUAAGAAAAGCAUGAGGAUAUUUGUAUAAUGAGUACAGGAUUCAUGUUUACUAAAGAUAAAGCGAGAAGAAAUCAUUACCAAAUGAAUUUAGAAAUCUGA